AUGUCUUAUCGUCGAGCAUUUAAUUGGAAUCAUGAUUUUCCACGACUUGUCAGACAAUUAGGGUUUAAAUUUAUCACCGACAGACCAAAAUUAUUAAUUGAUUGGAAUUUAAUUGGAUGUGUGGAUAUAGAAAGUAUUAUAUUUAAUUCAGAAGUUACAACUCUAGAAAGGCAUAUCAAUGAUGUAAUUUAUUAUUCGUUGCAAGGCGAAGAAAUUAAAAUUCUAGAUCCAAAAUUUGUAAAAUUAUUUCGGCUAGCACAAUUAACAAUUGAAUAUUUAAUAUUUUGUUUGCAUUACUUGGAUAAAGGCUUUGUUCUAUUGCAGGAUAAUAUAUCUGUUAUUAGAAAGGAAAAUGAAGAACUUCGUGAAGAAGUUUUUCAAAAAGAAAAGUCGAUACAAAAAUAUAAAAAAAGGUUGAGCGAUUUACAAAGUAUUUAUAAAAAUAAUGGCGAUGUAAGCACUGAAGAAAUAUUUCAGUGUGAAAUUUGUAAAAAACAAUUUAUUAAUGAAGUAUUUUUAAACGCACAUCAAACCCGAAGACAACACACAACAAUAUCGAAUCCUCAACCUCCGGAUAUAGUUACGGAACAAUUCCUCGAUAAUAAUUCGGAUACCCAAAAACUAUUUAUUGAAAUCAAAGAACUAAAAGAACGUUUAAAUAACACUGAGUACAUUUUAAAAAGUGAAAAAGCAGAUAAACCGGUAAGCGAUACCAUCGAUAGUUGCAUAACGAAAAUUGAUAAAGAUAUCCAAGUUGAUUUAAUAAGUAAAUCGUAUUCUGAUGAUUCUGUACAAUGUAAUCUUGGCGAAGAUGACGAAAAAAAACGUGAACAAUUAACUACUAUUCAAAUGGAAUUGAAACAAUGGCGGGAGGAUGAAGCAAAUAAAAUUUUUGAUCAGUUAGAGAAGAUUAAGGAGAAAUUUAAUGAAAAUGUUGAAAAGGUUCAUCAAACAACUAUCACGGAUAAUUUACUACUUGAUAAAGGAACAUCCGAUAAUGAACUUCAUAGUUUUCAAGAACUUGAAGAAAAAUUCGACAAAAAACUAGAAUCAAAUAUUGAACGAUUAAAAAAUGAACUCACAAAUCAAGAGCGAAAUUGGCGUGAUAAACUAGCAAGUCUUGAAUUAAAAAAUGAAACAGCAAAAUUAAAUGCGAUUAAAUCACCUGCAACGCCUAAACAAGCAACGUUUCGUAUACAACAUAAUAGUCCAGUCAUUAUUCAACACGAAUCUGAUAGUUCAUCGAGCCAUAAACGAACAAAAUUCGAACGAAAAUCAGUACAGACUUCAGAGAUAAUAACGAAAGAUGAGGCUACGUUAGUCAUACCAGUGGCAGUGAAUACCUCAACCCAAGCUACACCUACAAAUGAUGACAUCGAGUAUAAAGCAGAAAUCGUUUCAAAAAGUGAUUCUAUUAGUGACGAAAAUUUACGUGUGGAAAAAUCAAAAGAAUAUCUUGAAGAAGAAAACUCAGAAGUCCCUAAAUUCAUCAACAGAAACUCCAACGACUCAAUAUUUAAACUCAGAACAAUUGAAGUGGAAAAAGAUGAACAUGAAGAGCUCAAAACGUCAGUUUUAAAUUUAGAAGUAAUCGAAACGCAUCAGAAUAAACCUAAAAGUGUUGAAACUACAUCAAGAAAUCGCAUUUUAAACUUAGAAAAACAUUCGAUCACAAAUCUUAAAAAUUUGGGACACGACGAAAGUUUUCUUUACGAAUUUCGAAAAACAAUCGAAGGUGUCGUACAUACUUCGUUACAAGAACUCGGAGUUGAUCCACAGUGGAAAUCGAUCCCACAAAGUACAUUUGAAGAUCAUUUGAAGCGUUUACAACAUUCACAAAAAUUUCAAACGAGGACUCAUCCGAAUUAUAACGAAUUUAAAAACGAAAUUAUAAAUAAAAUUGAACACGCAGUCUCCGAGCAAAAUAUGAAAGUAAAUGUAUCGAAUACUAGUACAACAACCCCUCUUCGUUUACCUAAACGAAGACAUAUCCGAUCAAAAACUCAGGUUACUAAGAAAACUACCACAUCAAAACUAACGAAACCACGAAAAGAAUUAUCACAAACUCUAACAACAGAAGAAAUUUCAAAGCAAUCUUUAAAAAUGCCAACUUCAAAACCAUCUAUUGAAGCUUUACCGAAACAAAAAUUUACAGAACCGACAAUACAUUCAAGAGAUCAAGUAAAUUCAAUGCGAUUAUUUCGUCGUGCUAAAAGUUUGCAUUUAUUAAAUCGACAAAAAGAUAAAUCUACUGAAGAUAAAGGACAUCAAAUUACCAAAACCAAAUCAGAAAUUCUUCAUCAGAAGCCUGAAAAGUAUGAAGAGAAAUCGCAUAUGUUGUCUUCCAUAUUAAAAGUUAAAGAUAAAGUAUGUUCAGUUUUUAAAUCACCACAGAGGGCAAAUAUUUUGCAGAAGGCUGGCGGAGAUGCUUUUUCAAAUAAUGAAGCACCCAAUGUAACUCAAGGAGUAUAUAAACUAACGGCAUUCGACGAAAAAAAUAAACCCAUUCAAUCAUCACAAACUAUUAAAUCAAUUACGCCCGUCGGAAAGAAGAAAAGUAUAUUCCAAAGAUCGGAAAAUAUUGAAAACAAUGACAGUACUACAUUAUCUGAAUCUGAAGAGACUACCAAUUUUUCAAAAAUCAAAACUGUCCAUUUCAAAAAUAAUCGGAAUCUCGAAAAAAGUGUAAUUAAUACAGUCAUAGGUGGCCCAGCGAAAACACAAAAAUUUGACGCAUUCAUGACGAAAAGUGAACAAACUGCUGCGAAACAAAUUAUAAAGAUUGAUGUUACAAAACCUGCAAUUUCUAUGUAUGGAGACAAUUCUGAAUCGUCGAAUAUAUCGGAACAAUCGUUUUCACCGUUUAAAAUACCAUCAUCAUCAACACCUAAAAAACCUCCUACACCAGUUGAAAUGAAUUUUAAGACGAAUUUACCAGAUAGUAAUUUCUUAAAACCAACUUCCUCGUUUGUGCCUGUUAAAAAGAAAGUUAUUUUUGAUUUAGAUACCGAUGAUUCUAGUCAAAAUUCGGAUAAAAGUAUAAAACCUCUUGUUGGCGGUCUUGGUGAAGAUGAAAUGAUUUCUAAAAAUAAAGUAAUGGUCCAACAGGGUAGCGGAUUUACCGUAAAUCAAUUCCAUCUAGCCACGUCAGAAAAUAAGUCUACGGUGAAUGAUGGAGAUAGUACUAGUAUUUCUAGUUCGGUGUUUGAUGGUAGUAUAAAAACUACAAUCGAUGAUCAUAAAGAUACCACCAAAGAUUCAACCAAAGAUACACAAAAUAAAACCAAAGAAACAAAAUUUAUACUUAACGAUGACGAUUUAGUUUUAAGUGAUUUUGAUCUCUCCACUUUUUGA